AAUAUCAAAUGGAUGGAUGGAUAUAUGGCAAAUUAGCAGUCAUUAUCGUCUUUUCGAACCUAAAAUUUUCAGUUCGGGGACAACGAAACACAACUACGCCAGUUGUCUCUACUCUAACAUGAAUCACACGGUACUCCAUUAACAGACUGGACUCUAGAGCACCGAAGCGAAGAGCAGAUUAUCUGCAGAGAGGAGGAGGAUCUCUGCGUGAGUCUGCAUCUUUUUAUCUGCAAAACAUCAUAGGGAAAACAUGCUCUGUACCGGGCGAAUUCUGGCACUUUCGACUCCUUUGAACACUUUGUUUCCUUAUAAUUCACCUUUUUCCAGCUCCAGAUUCUUCCCUGGAAAACUUAAAUCCGGCAUCAAAUGGAGAUCGUUGGCGUCUCAACCUGAAUCCUCCUCCUUCGCCACGUCUAUCGAUGCCAAUUCUGCAGACAAAAAUGGUGGUGCUGCUGCUGCUGGCUUUUGCAUCAUAGAGGGACCUGAAACAGUGCAAGACCUUGCUAAUAUGGAAGUGCAAGAAAUUCAGGACAAUAUUCGAAGCCGUCGAAACAAAAUAUUCCUUCACAUGGAGGAGGUUCGUAGGUUAAGGAUACAGCAGAGAAUUAAAAGUGCCGAACUUGGAAUUCUAAAGGAGGAACAUGAAAAUGAACUUCCUAAUUUUCCAUCGUUCAUUCCAUUCUUGCCUCCCCUGAGUUCAGAAAACCUCAAGCUAUAUUAUGCUACUUGUUUCUCUCUUAUUACUGGGAUUAUCAUUUUUGGUGGCCUUCUAGCACCUACUCUGGAGCUCAGACUGGGACUUGGUGGCACAUCAUAUGAAGAUUUCAUUCGUAGCAUGCAUCUUCCAAUGCAGUUGAGUCAAGUUGAUCCUAUAGUGGCAUCAUUCUCUGGAGGAGGAGUUGGAGUUAUCUCAGCUUUGAUGGUGGUUGAAAUAAACAAUGUCAAACAGCAGGAGCAUAAGCGCUGCAAAUAUUGCCUUGGAACUGGGUAUCUUGCUUGUGCUCGCUGUUCUAGUACAGGGUCUCUUGUUCUUAUUGAGCCAGUUGCAACAGUUAAUAGGGAUCAGCCUCUACCUCCACCUAAAACUGAACGCUGUUCAAACUGUUCCGGUUCAGGAAAGGUCAUGUGUCCUACAUGCCUUUGUACAGGGAUGGCAAUGGCGAGUGAGCACGAUCCUCGGAUUGAUCCCUUUGAUUAGAAGUGCAUUUUAGUUGCUUUUUAUGUUUUGAAGAUGAAGAGAGAUAUGAAGUGUUUAUGUAAAAUAGUUUUAUUUGAAAUAUGGCUCGGCCUUUCCUGUAAAUAUGGCCUUUGUAUGUAUGUUGCUGUCUAGCAGCCAUACAGGACUGCGGCUGUGUCUGUAAUCUAAUCAUCCAAAAUUCCUACUUGCUAACUAUUGCAAAAAGAAACUUGUGAACUGAUACUUAGAUGAACAGAUUAUACUUUUCGGCUUUCA